UUCUGCACUCCAAGUCUCGGAGCCAAUUUAAUUUACACAAUACAAUGGCAGAACGACGGGUCUUCACCCUCUCACAGGUCGCCCAGCACAAAUCGAAGAAAGAUUGCUGGUUCGUCAUCAAUGGCAGGGUGUUAGACGUGACGAAGUUCCUGGAUGAACAUCCGGGAGGGGAGGAGGUACUGAUAGAGGCAGCAGGAAAGGAUGCUACGAAAGAAUUCGAGGAUAUAGGCCACAGCAAGGCUGCUCAGAACAUGCUGGUCAAGUACCAGGUGGGCGUCCUCCAAGGAUACAAGGUACAAGGAGAAAACGCUUCUGCUGCUGCUGCUACUUCUUACAAAGAAAGCAAGGGGAAAGAGAUGUCAGCAUUCGUGAUCAAAGAAGAUGGGUUGCCCAAAUUUAAGAGCUUCAUCGAGUUCUUUGUUCCGCUCAUUGUCGCCGGUGGCUUCUUCGGGUACAGGUACUUGACCAUGGCGGCCUAGGUCCUAUUACAUUAGACAUUACUCCGGUCCUCUGCAAAUCCCCACUCUGUUUUUCCCUUUAUUUUCUUGGUUUGUUGGAGUGUGAGACAGCGAGAGGGAAGAAGCAAAAUUAUGUUCAUCAGUCAUAUUUUUCAAUAAGUUAUCCUAUAUUGAAUGA